AUGGCUCUGAAUAUCGAUUUUAAUGCGUUAAAGGCCCGGACUAUGGGGUCCGGCGCCGAUGAAGAAGCAGUAACCGUCGACACUCGAGGCCUGAUCUCCAAAGUUCUGGCACGGUACUCGGGGAAAUGGACUGUUCUUAGAGAGAUGAUUCAGAAUGCCGCCGAUGCAUCCGCAACUAAAGUGACAAUCAAGUUUGAGACGCUACCCUCUACAACAAUCCCGUCACCCUCAUCAACCGACCCAACAGAGCAGAUAAAGCACACUAUUGCCAACCAUACCCUCCGCCGUCUUCUGAUAUCUAAUAAUGGUCUUCCUUUCAGCGACAAAGACUGGGCCCGGUUGAAACGCAUCGCAGAUGGAAACCCUGACGAAACCAAGAUUGGAGCAUUUGGUGUGGGUUUCUACAGUGUUUUCGAUGACUGCGAGGAGCCAUUCGUGUCAUCUGGUAGCCAGGCAAUGGCAUUCUACUGGAAGGGCAAUGGUCUCUUUACACGACGACUGGAUCUGGGGGAAACAUCAAACAAAGACACCACUUUUGUACUGGACUAUCGCAAUGAUUCUUCGCCUGUUCCGUCUUUGCUGCAAUUAUGCCAGUUCUUGUCGAGCAGUUUGACCUUUGUCGCUCUGCAGGAGAUCGAGCUAUUACUGGACGAUUGGAGUCUCCUGCGAUUAUCGAAAAAGAAUGCCCCGGGUGUCGAUGUUCCCAUUCCCAGAGACAUCGAGACGAAAACAGCAGAAGGUCUCAUGAAAAUCACUGGCGUAACUCAGGAGAUCGCACAAGUCGAUGCGGCCUGGAUGCGAAUUGUAGAGUGGAAUCCGAAUGCCAGCCUGAUCAGUCUUGAUAAUCUUCGGGAUACCACCAGCUCUCUUCGCAGUUUUUUCUCAAAGUUUACAAGCCCAAGCGGAUCUGAUAAACCAUCGCAAUCUCAAAAGACACUUCAACCUGAGCAAUCGGGUAACAUGACUUCUUUGGUGAAAGCCACAGUAUUCUUACACAUCAAUACCGCAUCGAUACAGCCUUCAGUCAGUUCUAGUCUGAGCAAAGAACUGGAACGGGCAACUCGAAAGCCACCACCUAAAAGGGCUACAAUUGCAAUUCUGACCCCAUCAUAUGAUGCGAACGUUGCAUCAGGGGCUUCUUCAUCCCAGUCGGAGAUUCUUGCUUCUAUCUUGCCAUCGAAAGCAGGAAGAGUCUUCAUUGGGUUCCCUACCGCGCAAACUACUGGUCUUAAUGCUCAUGUCUCGGCGCCAUCUGUCAUUCCUACAGUUGAGCGUGAAAGCAUUGACCUCAAUACUCGGUACAUUAGCAAAUGGAAUCUUGAAAUGCUGCGCGCUGUUGGAAUCGUCUGCCGAAUCGCAUGGUCUGCAGAGAUGAGUACCAUAAAAUCCAAAUUGGCAGCCAAGGUUGGACCCUCACGUUCUUCGAAGAUUCGCAAAGAAGAUAUCGUGGAUGUCCUUCCCGAGGCAAUCCAUACUGCAAAUCAAUUUGUUUUCCGUGAAUCGACACCGUCGUCAAUGCUCGGCCAGACUAUCGAAGAUGCAUUCUGGAUGUGCAAUAAGAAUGCCUCGAUCGAGGUUCUUUCGACGUGCGGCGUUAUUCCCAGCCAUCAGACACGCAUUGCCCCGAAGGACCUCAGCUUCAUGGACUCGAUCCCCGCCCUACCCGACGCAUUUGUCCUCCAAGCUAAAGAUUUUGUUCAAAGGCUGACCGAGUUUGGAUUGGUGACGGAAAUUACUGUUUCUGAUAUCAAACGAGAACUGGAGGCGAGUACCCUAAGGUCUAACCAGAUUGUUGAGUUUUUGACCUGGUUGGGUCGCAAAUCUGUGACGGGACAGCUUGAUAGACUUUCAGCUCAGAGUCUUCUCCGAGUUGCAGUGGCAAACGAUGAAGAUCAAGACGGAAAGCCCACAAGACUUAUCGUUUUUGCCGACAUCACCAGCUUUUUAAAUCCCCAACGCAUUUCCACCGAUCUCCCUAUACCAUCAGCAGUGAUGCCAUUCCGCUUUACCAAGCUUUUGGGUAAACAGGAACUUGAGGCUUUGGGAUGGGUCGAAUUGCAACUUGUCCCUUGGCUUCGCUGGCUCGUGAUUAAUGCUGGGGAUCGCAAUCUCUUGUCACCGGAGCAAGACAUCACACAAAGCGCCUCCUUUUCUAACCUGGUCCUCCCCCUUUUGUCUAAGCAAUGGGAAAGCUUAGGCCAGGCUUCCAAACAGACUGUGAUCAAUACGCUCCAAUCUCAGACUGUGAUCCCGACCAAGCUUGGAAUGAAACAACCGGAGCAAACAUACUUUGCCUCCGUACGCCUUUUCGAUGAUCUUCCCGUUGUACAUGGUUUGAAUGGCGUCAAAGAAAAGUUCCUUGUAUCUCUGGGAGUCCGCAAGACCGUUGAGUUGGGGGUUAUUUUCGAUCGUCUCAUCAAUAAUCAGCCACCGUCCGGCGAUGCUAAAGGCUCUUCGACACGGAAAUGGAGUCAUGUUGAUUUGAUUCGGUAUCUCACGUCCGUUCGGGAAGACAUCCCUUCUAAUGACAUCCAGAGACUCAAGGACACAAGUAUCUGUACUGCCGAGUAUCGAGAAGGUUCCAAUGUGUCGCCCAGCACUCGCUACAAGAUCUCUGAACUAUAUGAGCCAAAAGAUUCGCUUCGGGCCAUGGGUCUACCCGUAAUCGAAUGGCCAGGAAUUUUCAACAACUCGAGCAAUGAAGGAAAGUUCCUGUCAAUGAUGGGCUUGAAGCGACACCCAACAGGAGCUGAGCUUGUACGUCUCAUGAUCAGUAGUGACGCAGAGAAGAACAGCGCCCGAAAGACUAAGGCCCUGUCGUAUUUCCUCAAUGAGUAUCAUACCAACGGUUAUGAUGCUUUUGAUAUCAAUGCAGUCACGGUGCCCUUUCUCCCUGUUGAUGGCUCAGAGAGCCUCGCAGCGCCAAAGAAGUGCUUCACGAACGAGGGUGCCGCGCUGUUUGGCUUCCAUAUCCUCCAACAGCAGCUCCAUCCGCAUGCCUCCAAAUUGGGCGUGAAACCGCACCCUCCUAUGACGGAAUGUCUUGGGAUCUUGAUUCGUCAACCCCCAGCUACUUCAAGGGAGGCUAGAAUUGUUUUCAAGUAUUUGGCUAGCAGAGCAUCCGAUAUAAGUCCCCAGGAUAUCGAGCGAGUUGGAUCGUCUCCGAUUAUCCCCAUUUCGACAAAAGAUCAAUCAAACAAGGGCACUAAAACCCGCUUUGUUGCGCCUAAGCUCUGUUAUCUUGGCGAUGGAGAAGACUACAAGGAUAUUUUUGACUUUGUGGACUUUGGAAAGGAAGCCAAUUUCUUCCUGUUAGCCGUUGGCUCCAGACGAGAACCGACAAAGACAGAAAUCGCACGAAUGCUAGUGAAAGAACCAGCUCGCAUUUCGGCUGCAUUCCAAAGCUCUGAUAAAUACCUCAUGCUUCUAAGAACUCUUGCUGAGAACCUUCCCCUUCUCAAGAAAGACAAAGAUCUGUUCACUGAAAUGAAAACAGCAAGGUUCUUGUUGGCUAGUCGUGAUAUUCCACCUCAGUCUGCAAAAAAAGACAGCAAAGGAACCUCGACUGAACAAGAGAUUGCUGAUCCUGAGGAAGAUUUAGAUAUCAGGGAGUGGAGUCUUUCAUCUGCGAAAGAAAUUGUUGUCGUGGAUGAUUUCCAGAGCUUCAAUCUAUUCAAAGAACAUGUCCUUGCAGCGCCCCAAGAAGAAUCAUUAGAAAACUUCUACAUCGCUCUCGGUGCUGUUCCGCUGAGCAAGCUUGUUGAGGAGCAAGCCAGAUUUGGAGGUAUUGCGGCUGAUCAAACCCCAGCCGUGCAGUUACACAAGAUAAUCCUCGAGCGGGUACGGCUAUUCUUGCAUGACCAACCAGCAGACGCUAUUCAACACGGAGCUCGCUGGUUAGAACAUGAUUUUAGUGUGCAGGUGGUCACAUCCAUCCAACUUACCCGAUCUUUGAAGGGGAGGCGAGUGUCUCAUACCCAAAAGCGUAAGGCCAUCAUGGCCCGAUUGUCCAACAAUUGGGGGUUGUGCAUCUAUGCUGGCAAAUAUGACCUUUAUGAGAUCAGUCAGUCUCUAGUCCACUUGAUUCUCAAGCGACCAAAGCUUCAUUCCACUUUGACUUUGGAAAUGUUGUUGAAGACGGACCUCCUGGAGCUUCGUGCUCGAGGCUAUAAUGUGGAGCGCAUUCUUAGACAGAAAGCCCACGAGGCUCGAAUGGCAGGAGAUAAACGACAGAAACAAUUAGAAGAAGAGAGACAGGCCUUGCAAGAGAGAGAAGCUGCCUGGGCGGCCGAGCAAGCUCAAAAGGCGAAGCAAGUAAGGCCGGAGCCCCAGUCACAACAAUCCCUUAUGCCGGGGGUUUUUCCCGAAUCACCAAACAGCAAACAGUCAGCCGAAGAAAGACAGAUUGCGCCUUCUGAACCCACGAUGCCAGAAAGGGCACCUCGUGGAUUGUUUGCCAACCUCACCAAGCGAUUUGGUCUAGACGGUCGUUCAGGAUCAACACCUAAUCCUGAGCAAUCUCAAUCUUUACUCCCCGAGUCGAAUGAUGCCGCUCCUCCACCUCCACCUUAUUCCUCCAAAGAUCCUCAACAGCCGCGCCCUGAGCAAUCCGUUUCGGCUGAUUCCCCGCAUCGGUUACAACAAGAGCUUCUAUCCGCCGUGCAGGCUUGUCGCCCUCAUGGAUCAUCCAAUGUAUUCAGCCGGCCAGAGACCAACCAAAUUUCGGCAAGUCAAUCCUAUUGUGAUGAGCGACCAGGUCAUGAUUUGGAGUUUGUGGCAACGCUCCCCAGUGGUGUCAAUGUCUUAUUUGUCAAGACCAUCACCGAGCGGUCCGCUUUCCUCGCGAACAACCGUACGAGCAUCAACAUUUUUGCCUCGGUUCUUCUUGAUUCUGGUUCAAUUUUUGCAAUGCGUGCGGACAGCCUGAGCAUAUUUUAUGAUCCAGGUGGCAAGACCAUUGCAUUCAAUCGGGCGGGCAGCAUAUUUUGCAAUUACUUCUACUUCCAGAAGCUGCAAGAGCAAGCCUUGCUCCAGAGCUCGACACCUGAUCGUACGGAUGCCAUUGUGUACUGGUGGGUGAUUUUGUGUCAUGAGCUGGCGCAUAACCUGGUGGCCGACCACAGCUCUGCCCACAGCUACUACACUGAAGGAUUUGUGGCCCAAUAUUUCCCCAAGGUGGCUGCCAAGCUCGCCACACUCCAACCUGGCUCAGGCGCAGCGUAA